AAUUCACUGUACAUGUUGCUCCCCUCUCCCCUCUCUCCAUUCUCCUCUGUUUCCUUUCGCCUAACAAAAGCCAAGCAGCCAGUUGGUCAUUGUGUGCACACGUUGCCAUUGAGAGAUGCUGAGAUAAUCAGGCAGUAGCAUUUAUGGCUGGUCACGCAUUGUUGACGCUUCGCUUGCAUUUGAACUCACGGGGUCAAGGGUCAACUGCAGAGUUCAUCAGCUGCUAAAAAUAUAACUUAAAAUCCCUGCAAAAAGUAAGCUUUGUAGGGGGCACCCGGAUUUGAACCGGGGACCUCUCGAUCUGCAGUCGAAUGCUCUACCCCUGAGCUAUACCCCCAGUUGAAAAAGCAGGCGACAAAAGUUAUUGUUGAUCUCACAAAGCGAGACGAGACGAGAGAUAAAAAAAGAAGAAAGAAGCACAAAAAAAAAGAAGACAACGAAACCAGUCGAGAGUUCCGACUGUGUUUGCUUAUCGAAUAUUAUUUUUAAAUUGUCAAUAUUGAAAGUCAACUGAUAAAGUUAACAGCAAGUGUAAUGAACAUUGCAGUUAAAGGUUUUGGGCAUUGGUUUUCCGCAUUUUCCCAUCGUUGCAGCGAACAAGUGUAAGUCAUGUGUGUGCAUCAAUUAAAACAGAAAACUGACGACACAAAAGCUGCGAAUGCUGCGAAUCGCAACACGCGCUGCAAACAUAUUUCGGUGUCAACUUCCGCACAAACUGUGAAGCGAAGCGGGUGGCAAAUGGCAAAUGGCAAAUGGCGGAAAGCGGGGCAUACAUGGCGGCUGUGUGCUUCCGCUGUGUCGCAAAAUGGCGUGCAGCAGACGUGCUGGCUGCCCAAUGGUACGUGUACGUGUGUGUGUGUGUGCGUGUGAGACACAUGUUUCCUCAUGUUUACCAGACGACCCCGAGUUGGUAGCCAAAGAACACGCGCUUGCCAUCAAGUGUCAAGUGUCAAGUGAAGCGUCCAAAAAUCAUGCGGCUAUAAAUAUAAAUAAAUGCGCCAAGCGCCGCGACAGUUUUACAUAAUCAGCAACAGAAGCAGCAGCAGUCGAAGCUGCACUUGAAUCUCCAACUCAAUAGAACAACUCAGCAGCUUAGCAAUGACCAAACUGCUGUCCGUGUUUCUGCUCUCGCUUCUCGCUGCAGCUUGUAGCGCCGGCUACAGCUCCUCCAGCGAUUCGUCCAGCUCCAGUUCGAGCAACACCAUUGCCGGCAGCAAGUGCGACAAGAAUCCGCUGACGGAGCUCACCUUCCAGCUGAGUGGCAGCAAUCUUCACUGGCCCUGCGACUCCACCAAGAACAUCUAUGUCCAAUCCGGUCGCUAUGUGCCCCGCAAUGUGAUUGUCACCCGUGCCCAGCUGCAGCGCGACUCAGCGUUUGUCGCACUGCCGCGGUACAAGCAGGGCGUGCCCUUUACCCUGGGCAAGGUGAACCUGAAGAAGGGCGAGUGUCUGGCCAAGAUUGCGCCGUAUCCAUGCUGGGCCAUUCAGGAGGAGGGCAACUGUCAGGCGCUGCAGUCUGUCGUCGAUGUGGCUGUGGAUCAGAAUGGUCUGUUGUGGGCUUUGGACGUGGGCAUUGUGAACACUUUGGAGCAGCCAAUACGUCGUUGCAGUCCCAAGAUUGUGGCCAUCAACACAGCCAACAACAAGGUGGUCAAGAGCAUUGAUCUCAGCGAUCUGGUUACUUCCGAGUCGCGACUGCAAUUCAUUGUCAUCGACUACUCCAAGGACAACAAGCCUUUUGUCUAUGUUGCUGAUGCUGGUGCACGUAGCAUUCUAGUCUACGACAUCACAGGUAACAAAUCGUAUCGCAUUGUGCUGCCCCGAGCCACAGCGCCCACCAACGAUGUGCUCUACGUGGCGUUGACCUCCAAGCCCGACGGCACCUCGACGCUCUUCUUCAGCUACCUGAGCUCCUCUCGCCUCUAUUCCAUCAAGGGCGAGUAUCUACGCGUGGGCCAAGGAGCCGGCUCCAUCAUCGAUGUGGGACCCAAACCCUAUGGCAAACAAGCUGUGCUCUUGGGCGCCGAUGGCGGCACUUCGUUGUUCUUCCGCUACAAGGGCGAGAAUGAUAUCUAUCUAUGGGACUCGGAGACGUGCUUCAAGGCCUCCAAUUUGCAGGAGGUGCAGCGUGGCGGCGACUGUCGUCUCUCCACUCAGGUGCUGCCGGGGCACAAGCGUUUCAUGUGGGCACUGGAGAGCAACUUCCAUGACUUCAUCUCAGAUCGCACUGGCUGCAAUGGUGCAUCCAUUGUGCUGCAUCCCGUGGUGCGCGAAUGCGACGAUUAAGUUCUAUCGAAGUGCAUUCAAUCAGCAUUUUUUGAUUAGUUAAGUUAAGUUUUUGUUAUGCUACAAUAAAAAGUUAUU